UUAGUGAUUCACCUUUGCCAGUCUCAUCCCGUGUCUGCUUUGUUAAGUUCCAUGAUCCGGACUCAGCAGUUGUGGCACAGCAUCUGACAAACACUGUAUUCGUUGACAGAGCUUUGAUAGUCGUACCAUAUGCAGAAGUUCUUUUCCCUGGUUCAGCCUGAACUAUAUACCAGGCCCUGCUGAAAAUACCACCCAACAGUUUUCUUCUGCAGCUUAUCCAGUUUCUCUUAAGUGCCCUGUACAUAUUGUAUGUUUUAUGAUGAGAUGCAGUUUCUUAAUAUGUAUUACAGAAAUACUACUGGUAUUUGCAAAUAUGUAGUUUAAUUGUAUUAUUGAACUCUCAUUUUGGGGGCUUGGGCACAUUAACAGAUUAAUCCAUCUGUAUAGGGCUUUUGCUGUUGGAUAGAAUUUAAAUUGUCUACAUAUAAAUAUUUGUUUUAGGGCCCUUAGAUUUUAUCUGAAUACACAGAUUAGGCUUUAAAAACAGACAUACAUGUUGUUUUUGGCUUUAGGAGUUUGGCUAAGUUAGCUUUUGAACUGACACUAUGUAGCAGCAUUUUUGGUAUGGUUAGCAUGGCACAUGUUGGAACAUAAAGCAUUUUACUGUACAGGUAAGGAAUGUGCCAUGUUGUUUUACCUAUUUUCUCUCUCUCUUACCCACUUUCACACACACAUCCUGUGUGUAUUCAGAGACCUUCAGAAACAUUCAUAUUCAUUUUCAUGAGUCAGCAAAAGCCCUACGCUUGAUUCCAACAGAAUAUUUCCUUUACAUACUUUUCUUCUCUUAAUUUUUACAAAAUUUGUAUGGUAGGUGUAAAAGAAAAUCAUAGUAACUGUACCAUAUUAUUAACCCCUAAAUCAAACUUUUUUUGUCUUGUGUAUCUUGAUUUUUCUGUGUGCUUUAUAGUGAAGCAGCCGACACGAGUCGUUGUUCAUAAAACAGCUUUUGAAAGUUGAGAGCACACCCCUGGAGAACCGACUGUGCUUGCUUACGUUUGGUUCAUGACUUAAAAAUCGAGUACAGGAGUUAUUCCUGAUGAGACUAAGGCUUUGUCUCUGUUGGCACCAGCUAAUGCAGUGGCAGGUCUUCUGCCUGGUGGUGGACUCCUGCCUACCCCUAACCCACUUACCCAGAUUGGCGCUGUUCCAUUGGCUGCUUUGGGAGCUCCUACUCUUGAUCCUGCCCUUGCUGCACUUGGGCUUCCUGGAGCAAACUUGAACUCUCAGUCGCUUGCUGCAGAUCAGUUGCUGAAGCUUAUGAGUACUGUUGAUCCCAAGUUGAAUCAUGUAGCUGCUGGUCUUGUUUCACCAAGUCUGAAAUCAGAUACCUCUAGUAAAGAAAUAGAGGAAGCCAUGAAGAGAGUACGAGAAGCACAGUCCCUAAUUUCUGCUGCUAUAGAACCAGAUAAGAAAGAAGAGAAACGAAGGCACUCAAGGUCAAGAUCACGUUCUAGGAGGAGGAGGACUCCCUCAUCUUCUAGGCACAGGCGGUCAAGAAGCAGAUCAAGAAGGAGAUCACAUUCUAAGUCAAGGAGUAGGCGACGAUCCAAAAGUCCAAGACGGAGAAGAUCUCAUUCCAGAGAGAGAGGUAGAAGGUCAAGGAGCACAUCAAAAACCAGAGACAAAAAGAAAGAAGACAAAGAAAAGAAACGUUCCAAAACACCACCAAAAAGUUACAGCACAGCCAGACGUUCCAGAAGUGCAAGCAGCUUGCACAUUUGUGGUUCUAGAGAGCGACGACGACGACGAAGUAGGAGUGGCACAAGAUCUCCUAAAAAGCCUAGGUCACCUAAAAGAAAAUUGUCUCGCUCACCGUCUCCUAGGAGACAUAAAAAGGAGAAGAAAAAAGAUAAAGACAAAGAAAGAAGCCGAGAUGAAAGAGAACGAUCAACAAGCAAGAAGAAAAAAAGUAAAGAUAAGGAAAAGGAUCGGGAAAGAAAAUCAGAGAGUGAUAAAGAUGUAAAACAGGUUACACGGGACUACGAUGAAGAGGAACAAGGGUAUGACAGCGAGAAAGAGAAAAAAGAGGAGAAGAAGCCAACAGAACCAAGUUCCCCUAAAACAAAAGAAUGCUCUGUGGAAAAGGGAACUGGUGAUUCACUAAGAGAAUCCAAAGUGAAUGGGGAUGAUCAUCAUGAAGAAGACAUGGAUAUGAGUGACUGAAUAUUGCCUCUGUGGGAAUCCAACUGUAUACAUGCAUCAGUGUCAUUCCUUUGUGUGAUUUCUUAAUGCUAUAUUUGUUCAUCUCAAACCUAGAUGUAUACAGCUCUGAGUUAUAAAUGGUUAUAAAGCUCCUGAUACUGAUAUUAGUUAUUUACAUCCAAAAGCUUUUAGAAAAUGAUACAUGAGUAACCAAUUCUUGACAUGGUGAAAUCUGAUUGAGUAACCAAGCAGUUUUACUAUUCUGGUGCUGCUUCAGAACAAAAAUGAAAAGCUGCAUGCAUCUACAGCAGGCAUGGAUUGUUUAUGUUGUAUGAUCUCCUUUAUUAAGUAAGUUCACUUAUAGUAUUUCUAGAAUUUGAUUCAUUGCCGUAAUAGAGCCAUGUAGGGAAUGCACUGAUUGCAUGUUCAUUGUGGCAGGAAUAUCCUAAAUGUCAUUAAAAUCCUCCAACAUGAUGGAUCUACUUAUGGUCUUGUUUGUUGACAUGACAGAUUAACAUUCUUAUAGUUACAUCUGAAGAUAAUCCUUUAAGCCUUGUGGCUAAAUUUUUGUGGCUUUUGUUUAACUUUGAAAGGUUAUAUAUGCACUAACCUUUUUUGAUGGCUAAUUAGGCUUUAAUUACAGAAACAAGAUUUCAAAUGAAACUGUCUUUGGCAGUGAGUAAAUAGCAUAUUUUGAAGUAGAGUUGUAUACUUUCUCAUAAGGUGUUUGGGAAUUUUUUUUCCUGAAAUAAUUUAUUCCACAUCUACAUCAGUGAAAGCUGCCUAUCCUGAGUCCAUCUGUAAAAGAAAGUUUUCUCUUGUCCUGAUUUUCAAUUUUCCACUCUUUUAUUAAUUUGUUUUAAUUUCAGUGUUGGAAAAAGGGGGUAGUGCAUUUUAAAUUGACCUUCAUAUGCUUUUAAAAUAAGACAAAUCUACUUGAUAAUGUACUUUUUAUUUGAUCUCAAGUUGUAUAAAACCAAUAAAUUUGUGUUACUGCAGUAGUAAUCUUAUGCACACAGUGAUUCAUGUUAAAUGCAAAGUAGUUAGGCAACUGUUUUCUUAGUUACAGGAAUUUCAAGCUUCACUUUUGUGCAGUAUAAACAAAAGUAGGCUACAGUCUGUGCCAUGUUGAUGUACAGUUUCUGAAAUUGUUUUACAAGACUUUGAUAAUAAAACCCUUAAACUUA